GCUUCUGAUACAAUUUGUCAUUUGUGUACCUCAAGGAUGAAGCUUUCAGUUCAGUGAUUGACUGUCUGUCGUUGUCACACCUCCAGAGCUCCACACCCCGACGGAUGUGUUUCAUGCAGCAAAGAAAUCGCUUCACUGGAAACAAUAGACAUCGUGUAAAAAUAACAACAACGGCAGCAGCUACAACAGCUUGCCCUUCACCUGUGUGGAUUUUUACGGCUCACCGCCCAACAAACACACGGACUUCUGUUGACAUAAGAGGUAAAGUUCUGCAAUGUCUUCAAUGUGGAGAGCAAUCUACUCGGCGGAAUCACAACACACCAUGGGAAAUGUUUAGCUAUAACUUUCCAGCAUUGAAUGGAUGAAUCCUGGUAACAGCUGCCAUGUUUGCAUGUAAUGGCAGCUCAUUGGAGGCAUGCGGCCUUCUCGAACCAAUAGAAACUGAGAUGCAAGAGGCUGAUACUGCCCUCAUGCCCACCACUCUCAGGGUGGCACUGGCUGCCAUAAUGAUCUUCAUGAUCACCAUAGGUUUCCUUGGCAAUGCUAUUGUGUGUCUGAUAGUGUAUCAGAAGCCAGCAAUGCGUUCAGCGAUUAAUCUGCUCCUGGCCACGCUGGCGUUUUCUGACAUCAUGCUGUCACUGCUAUGCAUGCCAUUCACUGCGGUCACUCUUGCAACUACGGACUGGAGCUUUGGAGUGGGAUUCUGUCGGGUUUCAGUCAUGUUAUAUUGGCUGUUUGUUCUAGAAGGGGUGUCUAUCCUUCUGAUCAUCAGCGUUGAUCGAUUCCUCAUUAUAGUUCAAAGGCAAGACAAGCUGACCCCACAUCGGGCAAAAAUCCUCAUUGGUGCAUCAUGGGCUCUGUCGCUCUGCGUGUCCCUACCAUCCCUUGUUGGUUGGAGGACAGCAGGGAUUGGGGCACAAGUGCCGCAGUGCAUUCUGGGAUACAGCGAAUCCCUGGCAGACCGGGGUUACACGGUGCUGCUUGCGGUUGCUGUGUUUUUUGUGCCGUUUGGUGUGAUGUUGUAUUCAUACCUAUGUAUUCUCAAUACGGUUCGACGGAAUGCUCUGCGCAUCCACAAUCACACAAGUGAAGCCAGCGUUGCGAUCAGCCAUGUCAGCAAGUUGGGUUUAACCGGUCUACAGCGGCCCCAAGUCAACAUAGACAUGAGUUUCAAAACAAGAGCCUUCACUACCAUCCUCAUCCUUUUCAUCGGCUUCUCCGUGUGCUGGUUGCCACACACAGUGGUGAGUCUGUUGUCCGUGUUCAGCAGACGCUUCUACCUCAGUCCUGCGUUUUACCCAGUGAGCAUCGGGGCUCUUUGGUUGAGCUACCUAAAAGCGGUCUUUAACCCGGUGAUAUACUGCUGGAGAAUCCGAAAGUUUCGAGAGGCCUGUCUGGAGUUUAUGCCCAAGACCUUUCAUCUCUGUCCCAAGAUUCCUGGUCGAAGUCGCAGGCGUAUAAGACCCAGCAACAUCUAUGUGUGCAGCAGCGAGACUCAGUCUUCAGUCUAGAAUUUGCACCAAAGCUUAAAUAUUGAAAAGCCAAGAAUGAAAGAUGAUGUUUUUGUAACUGUGGCCAGCUAGUGAGAGCUGUGCCACUAAACCUCACUCCUCUGAUCAGAUGGUAGAGGAUGUGGUCUGUAGUGUCCUUGCUGAAACUCAUGCCUCCCUUGCAGGGAUCGCCAGUUAGAAUCCUACUCAUGGUGGAUCAAUGUAAAAUAGGAAAGGUUGCAUUGGUGCCAUGAACCGGAUUGGAGUGAGAUUUAGGGGGCUGAGUAUAAUGAAGGUAAACACAGGUUUACCUCUGUUCUCAAAUGAUCCACUGCUAACAGAUAGUAGAGGCUGCGGUCUUUAGCAUCCUCAGUAGAGCACCUGCCUCCCAUGCGGGAUUCGUCAGUUACUCUUGGGGAAGGUCAGUGUUGUGGAGGGCACCAAGUGUUAGUUCACCCAAAAAUGAAUAUUUGUUAUUAAUUAUUAUACUUAUGUCAUUUCAAACCCCUGAGACCUUUAAAAUCAAAUAAAGCUAUUUUACAUUUGAAAGCUCCCUCAUCCUCCAUUGUCAGCAAGGUUCCUGACUUGUAUAAUCUGGAAAAAUACCCCUCCAACAACAAAAUAAAAAUCCUCAGAUCAGACCACAUGGCUUCAGCGGUUCAAUCAAAACAUUUGCAAGCUAUGAGAAUACAUUUGUGAGCACAUAAAACAAAAAUAACUGUUUUAUUCAUAAAUUUUUUCUCCUCAGUGUCAGCGUAUGGGCGCACAUUUAUGUGUCAGGCUUAGGCACAUCUCUGAUGUACUGUAAUAUCUUGAGUGCCCCUGUGCACUGUAAAAAAUAUCCAUAAAUUAGCAUUUUUUCGUAUUUUGUGAUUCAUGUUUUUAUUUUUCCCUAUUUAUUUAUGCUUUUGAAUUACAUUAU